CAGACAAUUCUCAAACAUUAGCCUACUCUUUGUGGUAUGCUACACAGUGUUGUGCAAGUCUUAUGUUGAAAAUCAACCUUUUUUCUUGAAAUUUAUACUUCUGAUCUCAAACCUUCCAUAAACAGAGUGUCCUGUUCCCCUGCCCAAUGGGUUACAUUGGGAGGAAAAGGAAGUGGAAGAGCGGUAACAGACCCUCUGAGCCAGCAAACCCGUCUGGGCAGAGCAGCCCACAGCCAGGACCCUCCGGGGAACCUGCUGCCCUCCGUGAUGACCAGCCAGGGGCAUCAUCCAAGAGAUCCAGGCCUGGAGCUGCCAGUCCCCGGCCCAGGGCUGCAACUGCCCCGAGACCCCCACAGCCAGGAGCCUCCACUGCACUUGGUGCCCGCGGUGAUAAUGGUGGAUCCUCAUCAUCCAUGAGCUCCAGGCCUGGAGCUGCCAGUCCCCGGCCCAGGGCUGCAACUGCCCCGAGAUCCCCACAGCCGAUGGUAUCUCGUCAGGUGUUUGAGCCCAUGGAGAUGCCUGGAGCAGGACCAGCAUAUGGAUACCCACCUCACGCUCCACCUCAAGUGUUUGAGCCCAAUGGGAUGCCUGGAGCUGGACCUGCUUACGGUUAUGGAUACCCACCUCAGGCAGCACCUCAGGUGUUUGAGCCUGGAGCUGGACCUGCUUACGGUUAUGGAUACCCACCUCACGCAGCACCUCAGGUGUUUGAGCCCAAUGGGAUACCUGGAGCUGGACCUGCUUACGGUUAUGGAUACCCACCUCACGCAGCACCUCAGGUGUCUGGGCUUGGAGCAGGACCUGCUUACGGUUAUGGAUACCCACCUCGCGUUCCACCUCAGGUGUUUGGGCUUGAUCGCAUCAACCCUGUGGUGGCCACUAUUCUGGCUUCUCUCCCACGGAGUGCAGCAGACAUGAUGGCCAAGUUCUGCGCUCUGCUGGCCUUCCUGGUGGUCUGUGGAGAUGAUGACUUCAACACCAUCGAGCUGCUGGAACAAUUCAUGGGUCAGACAAACCACGAGCUCUCCACGAUGGUCCACAGUAUCAUGACGCAUUACAACGGUGGCUUUCCCCCUGGGAUCUACGGCCCCGAGAUGGAGACUGAGGACACACGUUGCCCCAUCUGCUUGGAGGACUACAAGGAGGGCGAUGGAGUCUCCAUGUUUCCGUGCAACCACUUGAUGCACAACCACUGCCUUCAGAUUUGGGUGGAGAGGAGCCGCACCUGCCCCGUCUGCAGGACACCAGCAUAAGGGAGCAAUGGUCACACCAAAAGCUGGGACGAGGGGCGUAAUAUUAAAUUCUGGGCCAACCAUCACCAAUGGACCCCUUGAUAUUAUUAUGAAAAAAAGGGAUCUGAACAAUCGAACUGGACUCCCUGUAUGGCCCCAGUGGUCACACCACACCAGGGGCUUGACAUCAAAUUCUGGACCAACCAUAUCCCCCUGCUACCCCUAUUUUGACACCAGCCUCUGCUAUCACAUAACUGAUUCAAAGCUCAA